GUGGGUGGGUGGGGGAUGACCCGGCACGCGCAGGCGCGCGUUCGCACCGCCCGGGCGUGCGACUGGGCGGGCAACGCAUGCGCGGGCGGCGGCAGCCUUAAGGGCGGCGGCGGCCGGGGCGGUGCAGUCGGCCUGUCAGCCGGCUUAGUGGGAGGGUUGGUCGCUCCCGCGGCGGCGGCGGUCAUGGCGGCGGAGGAGGAGGAGGUGGACUCGGCGGACACCUGCGAGAGGUCAGGAUGGCUAACUAGUUGGCUUCCCACAUGGUGCCCUACAUCUACAUCACACCUUAAAGAAGCUGAAGAGAAAAUAUUAAAAUGUGUCCCCUGCACAUACAAAAAAGAACCUGUUCGUAUAUCUAAUGGAAAUAAAAUAUGGACACUGAAGUUCUCUCAUAAUUUUGCAAAUAAGACUCCUCUUGUUCUCCUCCAUGGCUUUGGAGGAGGUCUUGGACUUUGGGCACUGAAUUUUGGAGAUCUUUGCACCAAUAGACCUGUCUAUGCUUUUGACCUGUUGGGCUUUGGGCGAAGUAGUAGACCGAGGUUUGACAGUGAUGCAGAAGAAGUGGAGAAUCAGUUUGUGGAAUCCAUUGAAGAGUGGAGAUAUGCCCUAGGAUUGGACAAAAUGAUCUUACUUGGCCACAACCUAGGUGGGUUCUUGGCUGCUGCAUACUCACUGAAAUACCCAUCAAGGGUUAAUCAUCUCAUUUUAGUGGAGCCUUGGGGUUUUCCUGAGCGACCAGACCUUGCUGAUCAAGAAAGACCGAUUCCAGUCUGGAUCAGAGUCUUGGGAGCAGCACUGACUCCCUUUAACCCUCUAGCUGGCCUCAGGAUUGCAGGGCCCUUUGGUUUAAGUCUAGUGCAGCGUUUAAGGCCGGACUUCAAACGGAAGUAUUCUUCAAUGUUUGAAGAUGAUACUGUGACAGAAUACAUCUACCACUGUAAUGUACAGACUCCGAGUGGUGAGACAGCAUUCAAAAAUAUGACUAUUCCUUAUGGAUGGGCAAAAAGGCCAAUGCUGCAGCGAAUUGGUAAAAUGCAGCCUGACAUUCCAGUUUCAGUGAUCUAUGGCGCCCGAUCCUGCAUAGAUGGCAGUUCUGGCACCAGCAUCCAGUCAUUGCGACCACAUUCAUAUGUGAAGACUAUAGCCAUUCUUGGGGCAGGGCAUUAUGUAUAUGCAGAUCAACCAGAUGACUUCAACCAGAAAGUAAAGGAGAUCUGUGACAGUGUGGACUGAGCACACGGAAGGUGAUAUCAUGCUAGCUGAUACGUGUCCUCAGCAGUGGUGCACAGCCUAUGGUGAAGAGUGAUAAAUGGUCUUCUUGCCUGUACAUUACACAUGUUUUUUUAUGAAGCACAUUCAAACCAGUUAGUGCCUUCUAGAAGAAUGGCUUUCCUUUCUUCUAUACAAAAUAGAAACACACAAGAGGCUCCGAAUCUGACAGCUCUAAUAAAAUGUUGUUUGUCCUGCUACUGUACUGAAAUAUUGUAAUUUUUCAACUGAAAGUAUUUUCAUUUCUAUCUAAUUCUGUUAUGUCAAGCACUUUUUAUACUGUAGUCUAUAUUGAUUGCCAAUUUUAAAAGGUGAUUUCUGGGUCUAUUAUUUUAUAUACUAUAAAGUUGCACUUUAUUUUCUUUGCUUAAAUAUUUGCCAUGUCUAAUAACUGAUAUAGUUAAUCAAAAUUCAGUGUGUUUUUGUGUAAAAAAUUUGUCAUUUGUUUAGAAUACUUCAUUUUUAAAUGGAGCAAUGCAACAGCAUUUUGGUUGAAAAGAUGGGAGUCAAUCACUAAAAUAAUUUUCCUCAGUUCUCUAUUGAAUGCUGCAAAGCCACAUUCAGUAUCUGAAAUGUGAUUCAUCCUGACGUAUCUUCAGCAACAUCGUGCCUUGGAAUCCUCUCUGUGUGAUGUGACUCUGCACUUCCCCUCCCCCCUCCCACCAAUUAAUACUGUUACUCUCUAUGAGCUGGCAAAAGAAACAGAUUUCCUCACUGAGAAGAUAUUAUGACUGUUACCUUCUAGUAAGCUAAAUCAUGUGUCUCAUUAACAUCUAACUCUUGUAGCUGGGUGCUAAAACUGGAUUACAUUUUUGCCACUUAAAUAUAAAAAUAGGCAGUGCUACUGCGUCUCAGGGCACCAGAAAUGAGCUAGCACUAGGGUUUGUUGGUUUUUUUUCUGAAGGGUUCGUGUUGAUUAAAUAACUUACAUACUUGAAGAUAUAUUAUAAAAAUUUUGUAAGGUUGAUUGAACUAUUUGAUAGUAACUACCAUCAAGUGUAGCACUUGCUUUUUUAAAACUAGGAAGCCUUUUUGAAACUGAAAAAGCUCCAUGUGGUAACUGGCUGCUGAGAAGACCCUCUGAAAAAGAAAAUUGAAUAGAAUCAUCACUAUCAAGGCAUCCUUGCCUUAUGUUUUGCUAACAUUGCUUGUCUAGGAGAAAGGUGGUUAUAUAAAUAAAAAGUGAACUUAGAACAGAUAAUGGUUUAAUGGUUUUGACUGUUACAUUUUUUUAGAUGGUUUAUUAGGAAAUUUGUAGUUGUUAGGAAAUGUAAGGUUCUAUCACUAUUGAUUAACUGCCAGAAAGACUGAAUGCUCUAUUUUUAACUUUUUUUUUUCCCUACAAAGGAAUAGGCAAAUUAUGCUAAAGUACAACAAAUAGCUUCCCAAGAAUUUGUCUCAAUUGUCAGAUCAACUAGGUCAGCGCAAAGGCAACAUGAAAGCCAAUACCUGUCAUCAGGUUUCCCUGCCUCAGGGACAGAAGCGGCCUUUACUUCUGAGUUAGUGUCUUGGGUGUCCAUAUUCAAACUUAUGCAUCACAGAUGAUUUAUUAAUAUUUUUGUACUUCUGUUUAACACAGUCUCGUCUUUCUUAAUUAUUCUUUGCUGGAUGAAUGACCAUUUUCAUUGUGCAGGAGGGUUUCUGUGCAGGAUACUUGGUCUCAUCCCUUGGAGGGAAGUUGCUAGAUUCACUUAGGAAAUGGGGUUUCUGGCCAUAGAUGUGCCAAGUGAUUUAGGAAAAAGAUGUAUCCCAGUGUCAAGUGGAACUUAUUUUCCUACCACUGACUUUGCUUCAUUUGAAAAAUAUCAUCAUAUUUCUUUUUAAAAGAUAAAUUUUAACUUGGCCUAUAGUAUACAUAAUUCUGUGAAAAUGGAAUUACCUAGCAGAGAAGGUCACAAUCCUCAAAUUUCUGAAAAUACAGUAGGUGUUCAGUGUUUUCUUUAAAAAAAUUAUCUUACAGUAUUUGAUCUUUGCUAAAUUAUGCACUAUAUGAUUUAACUUUAUUUUACAGAUUAAAUUUUACUGUAAUAGUCACCACAAGACAGCUGCUGUAUACUUCCCUUUAGCAUGGCCUAGCCUGUCUCUACUGGUUACUGUAGGACCAUGGGUCCAGUGAGUGUUCAGGAGUGCUCGGCAUUCUGAGGGAUGGCUGCUCUGCAGUGCUGUGGCCUCCAGAUGUGUCUUUACCUGUGUCCACCCAUCCCUGAGUACGAUUUCUGUUUUCUUCUAAAAAAAGUUUGCCUAGAGUUAUUUUCAGAAUAUUAUUUAGAAAAACUUUUGAAAUAUCUCUAUUUAUAUAUGUAUUUUUUUAUAUCUGAAGGGCAUAUACUAGAUCCCAAUAAAAUAAGAAGCAUUUUCCUAUAUAAUGGUAUUGGAAAGAAGAAACAAUAAUAGCUAGAAGAACCCUAGAAAAGAGUGGUGGGCAAGGAGGGAUAAUCCUAUUAGAUAUUAUAACAUACUACAAACAGUAUGAAAGAUAGUCCAGGAAUUUAGUAUACGGUAAAGGAAUCAUCUUAUUAAUGGAGGAAAAGACCUUAAAAACUGUUGAGAAAAUAUGGUUAACUAUAUGGAAGAAAAUGAAAUUGAAUCGAUUUUUCACACUGUAUACAGGCAUAGAUAAAAUCCAAAUGGAUCAGAGACCCAAUUGUAAAAAUGAAACCUUUUAAAUAACAAAAAGAAAAGAUAGGUGAAUUCCUUUAAAAUCUGAGAAUGGGAAAAACUUUUCUUAUGAGUGAAAAUCCAGAAGUAAUAAAAGAAUAAGUUUAUGUCUUAAACUGAAAAUAAGAAUUUUGGAUGGCCAUAACAAAUAAAAAAAUAAAAAUAAACUGGCAAAAAUAUUUGCAACAUUUAUCACAAAAGGCAACUAUAGUCCCAAAAUAUGAAGAAUUUCUAAAUUUUGAGAAGAACCUGAAAGAAUGGGCCACAGGAUAUGAACAGGCAGUUCAUAGAAAACAAAAUGCAAAUGGCCCUAAGUCAUACAAUGCACUCUUGUUGGUGAGACUGAAGAAACAGGCACUCUGAAAAGUGAAAAAUUUUAAGGUUGGACAAUUUGUUAAUAACUAGCAAAAUUAAGAGUUCAUCCUUUAACCAGACAGUCUCACUUCUAAGGUUCUAUCUGAGAUGCACUGGCAAAAUAUGAAAUGAUGUAUGCACAAAGAUCUUCGGUAUAGCACUAUUUGUAACAGCUAAAGAUUGGAAGCCACCCAAAUCUCCAUUGAGAGGGGAUUGACAGAACAAGUGAUGGUAUGUCCAUAUGAUGGAAUACUGCACAGCUGUGAAAAGACAGGAGGACUAUUUAUACAAUUCUGGAGUUAUCUCCAGGGUAGAGGAAGUGAAAAACAGACUGUAUGGUGUGCUACCUAUUGUGUAAGAAAGGAGACAAAAGGAAAAAACAAAGACGCAUUUGCUUUUUUUAAAAAAUGCAAUGGAAGGAUUAGUUACACUAAUAACUAAGAAAUCAAUUCCCUUGGCAGUGGCGGUGGGGAGCUGGACAGGGAUGGCAACAGGAUCUGUAUUUUCCUUUAUAAUUUCUUACUUUGGGACCCUAUCAGUGUUUUCUAUAAUUAAAAAACUCUUAAAACUAAAACAAACUUACCUGUCUACCAGGUUGGAGAUAUAACCACACAUAGAAGAAUUACUUAAGGUGACAUUGGAGCCCAGCAUUUUGUCUGCACUUCCCUAAUGGCAUACAUCCUACAGACGGAAGAAUCACAAAGAAACCUUAAACUGUGUUCAGUAUUUUUAUUUGUAGUACUGAUACUGGUUUCAUUUUGCAAUUGUAUGUAUUUUUACACGAUAGAGCAAAUAUUUAUUACAUCAAUAUGACAAUAAUGUCAAGAUUUUCAGCAUGAGAGAAAAGAGAUACAAGAAUAAAAUCAAGCUUAAAGCCU